GGGACCAGGCGCGUCGUCGGGGUCAGCUAUCGGAGUUUCUGGAGGCCGAGGCUGGCCAUCGAUUUCGUCCUGGGCACCGGGAAGGCGAGCGGCGGGGAGAUGCGUAAGCUGAUCGGUCAUUUCACCUGGGCGAGUCUCCUGCGUCGCGAGGCCCUGUCGAUUGUCGACGCGUGUUGCAGCUUCGCCGAGACCCACUUGAAUGCCGUGACUCGUCAGUGGCCCGCCGUUUGCCGGGAGCUGCGCUGGAUCCGCGAUCUAUUGCCCAUGCUGUCGCAUAGCGCGCGCAUGCUCUGGAGUGAGUUGGUGCACGUGAGCGACGCGUCGACCGAGGGCUUUGGCGUGUGCCGCGCUCGGUGGAGCGUCCCCGAUGCCGCGCUCGUUGGGCGAUGCGAUGAGAGGUGGAGGUUUCGGGCUGAGGAGGCUACCAAUGCCAGGGGGCACGCUUUGCGCCCCGAUGUGCUCGCACUCGGCCUCGACGACUUGCGCCUCAACCCCUCUGUUCGGUCGGCCACGGAUGCGGAGCCCUGGGAGGGCGCGCCGCUCGACGAGGUGCCUGCAACGGCGGUCGCUAACGCCCCGUGGAAGCUGUGCGCUCUGGGGCGCUGGCGCGAGGAGGGGGGGAUCAUGGGGGUGGAGUGCAGGGCGCUGUUCAUGGCCGUUCGACACCUCCUUCGUUUCCAAUCUCACCAUUGUCGGCAUGCCCUCUUCCGCGUGGACAAUUUGGCUCUAGCCUUGUCGCUGGCGAAAGGCCGGGCGCGAUCCCGGCGCCUCUUCCCCGCCUGCAGGGAGGUCGCGGCCCUCUUGCUCUUCGGCGGUUGUCGUUUCCACGUGCGCCGGGUGCCGAGCGAGUUGAACCCGGCGGGCGCUCCAUCGAGAGGGCGCCGGGCACCGAGUCGCAUCGACUUCGAGCGGUUGGCCGAGGCCUACCAGGAUCUGCGUGAGCGGAGAGCUGGAGCAGGGGGCGGGUCGUUGCGGCGAGAGCUCGAUCUUGCUGCGCUCCACGCCCUCGGCUCGAACUCCGACGACGAAGUUGGCAGUGGCGGUGACUGCGCCCCCUCGCCCGGGGACCUGGCGCCCCUCGACCCAGAGGGGGCCCGCGGCUUCGAGAGGGCCGAAGACAUCUGGCAGCAAGGCGAGCCUCCUGGUCUUGAGGCAGCGAGGGGUGCCGGGCGCUUCGCCUUGGGCGCGCCCAUCGCCCUGCCCCUGCAGCAGAGCGGGCUGCGUCUCUCGCCCGUGCGACCUUCGUCCCUGGAGGAUCAUCGGCGCCGCCUGGGCUGGUCCAAGGAGUGCGUGGACCGGCCGGGCGAGGAGCCGGAGCAGCUUUCCUUCGACGAGGCUGUGUCUCUGUGGUUCGGCGGGUUUCAUCAGAAGGACCAGUCCGCCGACGACGGGCCCAAGUUCCUUGCGGUGCUGCAGCGCCAGCGGCCCGAGCUCCGCGCGCAGGAGCAGCUGCCCCGCGCUCCUCGGCCGCUCGGCGGGCUGCGGGGGCUGCUCGACGGCCUGCGGUGGCUGGGGCACUUCGAGGGCGCCGUGGGCGUGCUGGUCGCCUUCAUGGGGUACCUCCGGCCCGGGGAACUACUUCCGGGACUCUCGGCGAUGUCGAUCGUGUCGCCCGUCCUGGGGGCCGGAAGGUUGCCCCGCUGGGCGCUGGUGCUGAGCGCUUGCGAGCUCAAGUACCGCAGCAAGACCGACGUGUUCGACGAGAUCGUGGUCCUGGACCGGCGGGGCUACAAACGGCUAG